AUGGCGGGGAUAGGGAUACAGGCGCCAGAUGAGGCCCGAGCAGACUCGCCAGAGACGUCUGCAGAAACCCAAGUUACACUAGACGAGCCCUCGCAGCAGCUGGCGGACGAGACGGCGAUGGCGAGCCAGGAGGCCGGCGACGAGUCGAGUCGGCUGCGAGCUCUCAACGCUGAUAUCAGAGACCAGGAGGACUUGGAGAGGGAUAUCACUCGCCAGGCCGAUAAGCUAUUGAAGGAACAGGCUAAUGAGCGAGACAUACGACGCCUGGAACGUACUAGACAUGAGAAAGUGAAGAUCGAAUCCCAGAUCCUCAGGCUCCACCAACGGCUUUCCGAACCCAUAGGAACCUCCGCCAGAGUGAAGUUCGAAGGAGACAUAAAAAACGCCGAAACCCGGUUGACGCAGCUAGAGACCGACCUGCAGGAGAUACAGCAGCGCAUCGAAGAGCGGAGUACGCAAGAGGAUGGUGCUGGUGGUGGCCAUGAAGAAGGGUCGGCGGCAGGGAGACUGCCCAAUGAGUCGCGGAGGGAUUAUCUUAUCCGGACGGGAAAGAUUACGCCCUUUUCGCGCAUGAGCGGUGGUGGAGCGAGAGACGAUGUGGCUACGACGUUGCAGGGUGCUCUGCUUGAUGCGGAGGAGGAAAGAGAGGAAGAGAUCGCGAUGGAAGAGGCGAGUGGGCAGCCGGUUGCCUCGCACCGACACCUGAUGAAGCCUGGGUUCGAUGAUAGUGAAGCAAAUGACCAGUUUGAGGUUACUUCACGGCCGUCGAAACGACGAAAGGUUACGGGUGGACCGGGCCUGGAGGCGAGUUCUCCUGCAAAGUCGGAUGAGGACUACGCUGAUGCCGGAGCGGAGGCAGAGAGCUCGGAGGAAUCAUCUGUUGAAGCGGAAGAACUGGAUUCGGACGAUUCGACUGCUCAAGCUAAAAGGAAGAAGGGAAAAGGCAAAGGGAAAACAUCUACCGCUGUCAUUGAAGAUUUCAAGGGCGUGGAUGAUGGGGACGAGAGGGUAUACCAAUCGCGACUGCGAGACUGGGUGCAAAGACGGUCCGAGGCUCGCGAUCGUGCAAAAUUAGAGGCUCUCAAUCUUUCAAGAGAUGACGAAAGUAAACCUGAUAAUCAUGAUGCGCAAGCCCCUGAACAGGAGGAAUGGUAUCUCCCACAUCCAACAACGCCAGACACCGUACUACAUGGUGGCUACCAACUUCCCGGAGACAUAUACCCGUAUCUCUUUGACUACCAAAAGACCGGCGUCAAAUGGCUAUGGGAGCUCCACCAGCAGCAAGUCGGCGGCAUCAUAGGCGAUGAAAUGGGUCUCGGCAAGACGAUCCAAGUCAUUGGAUUCCUGGCUGGUCUACAUUACAGCAAGAAACUUAACGGUCCUAUUAUCGUUGUCUGCCCUCCCACCGUCAUGAAGCAAUGGGUAAACGAGUUCCAUCGCUGGUGGCCUCCAUUCCGUGUCUCGAUACUACAUACCUCUGGGAGCGGGAUGGUGAAUCUCAAAAGCGAAAGCCUGGCUGAAGACCGAUAUACGUCGGGGGCAUGGGGUGAUCGGAAUUCUAGCUCGCAACGAGGUAACAAAGCUGCUCGCCGCAUCUUGAAACGCGUGCUGGAAGAUGGUCAUGUUCUAGUCACUACGUACGCUGGGUUGCAGACGUAUGCCUCUCUCUUGAUACCUGUGGACUGGGGCAUCGCAGUCUUGGAUGAAGGUCAUAAGAUCCGCAACCCGGAUACCUCCAUCACUAUCCACUGCAAGGAACUACGUACCUCACACCGACUUAUCCUCUCCGGAACUCCCAUGCAGAAUAAUCUGACCGAGCUAUGGUCGUUAUUCGACUUCGUCUUCCCCAUGCGUCUAGGCACGCUGGUCAAUUUUAGGAACCAGUUCGAGUUCCCCAUCCGAACGGGCGGGUACGCUAAUGCCUCGAACUUGCAGGUUCAGACGGCAGCGAAGUGUGCAGAGACGCUCAAGGAUGCAAUAAGCCCAUACCUACUUCAACGGUUCAAAAUGGACGUUGCAGCCGACUUGCCGAAGAAGAGCGAGCAGGUACUGUUCUGUAAACUUACGAAGAUACAGAGGACGGCGUAUGAGGCGUUUUUAGCCUCGGGAGAGAUGUCGUCUAUCCUACGCGGACGGAGAGAGGCGCUUUACGGCAUCGAUAUGCUAAGGAAAAUAUGCAACCAUCCGGAUCUCACGCAACAUAAGACGUUAUCCCUGAAAACGGAUUAUAACUAUGGCAGCGGCGCAAAAUCGGGGAAGAUGCAGGUUGUCAAGUCCCUUUUAGAGUUGUGGAGGGACACAGGCCACAAGACGCUGUUGUUCGCUCAGCAUCGAAUCAUGCUCGAUAUCCUAGAGCGGUUCAUCAAGGGCUUUAACGGCUUUAAUUAUCGGCGCAUGGACGGGAACACGCCGAUAAAGGCCCGCCAGGGGAUGGUUGAUGAAUUCAAUAAUGAUCCAGACCUACAUGUGUUCUUACUCACGACGAAGGUGGGUGGGCUAGGGGUGAACCUUACAGGUGCAGAUAGGGUGAUUAUUUAUGAUCCAGACUGGAACCCGUCCACAGACGUGCAGGCGCACGAGAGGGCAUGGAGGCUAGGCCAGAAGCGUGAGGUGACCAUCUAUCGGUUGAUGACCGCUGGCACGAUCGAGGAGAAGAUAUACCACAGACAGAUCUUCAAGCAGUUCCUGGCGAAUAAAAUUCUACGGGACCCCAAGCAACGCCAGACCUUCCAGAUGAGUGAUAUACAAGACCUGUUUACGCUAGGAGGUGAUGGUCCUACGGAGACAAGCCAGAUGUUCAAGGAAGCAGAUGUCGUGUAUGAGGAUGAUUCUGCAAAGGGCAAGGGCCCUAGAUCUACCGGUCAACAGCAACAACGGCGGCGACAGGCCGAAAAUAAACCUGCUCCGAAGGAAGAAGACCAGAGAAUCAGCCGGGUCACUGGCGUUGCAGGUGUGGAAGAAUAUCAAGGCGAAGUUAGCACACCAGGCACACCACAGCAGCCAAAAGACGGAGACAGGACUGGAAGUGAGAAGCCCGAUACAGACAGCCGCUUGAUGGAGAGUAUCUUCUCACGUUCUGGCGUGCUCUCGGCCCUCGAACAUGACCAGAUCAUCCACGGCAAACGAACGGUCAAAGCAGACCCGAAAAUCAUUGAAACGGAAGCCAAGCGUGUUGCAGCAGAGGCAGCCAAGGAGCUCCUCAAAGCAGAAGAGCUUGCUCGCACAGUACCAGUCGGCACACCCACCUGGACAGGACAGUUUGGAACCGCAGGACGACCAGGCGUUAACGUUGCGCCAUCCGGUACGUCAUCCAUCUAUUCUGGCGGAGGAAGCACCGUCCGUCGAGCGAUGGGCGGACCAUCCUCUGCCAGCCUGCUUGCAAAUCUUGCCAACCGCAGUGCUGGAGGCGGCAGAACCGGCUCUGGCACCAGCUCUCCAUCUGCAUCAGCUUCUGCUUCUGCUUCUGCGGCCGGCACACCACGGACCGGGACGCCGACGGGGAAGGACUUUAUGGUUAUGAUACGGGACUAUAUCAUCACACACGGGGGAGCGGUGCAUACGCAGAUGCUGGUCGAUCGUUUUAACAGAUUCUGCGACUCGCCGCGGGCAACGGCGGAGUUCAAGGAGAUUCUUCGCACGAUCGCCGUGCUUGACAAGUCAGGCUCAGGCUCAGGAUCACGGAGAGGGAAAUGGGUGCUGAAGCCUGAAUAUGCGAAAAAGUGA